AUGAGCGUAACAGACGGCAUGGUUGAUGGGGUGAAUUCACCCGGCUAUUACGGCCGAUCUGGCAUCCUUGAAACGCAUGUUCGCGGUCAAUGGUAUCGCGUGUUCGUUACACUUGAAGACGAUUACCUCAGUAUUACGCUGGAUGAAUCGUAUGAAAACACAACAACGCUGAACGGCACACUGAACAAUAACAUUGAAACGCCGAGCGGACUUAGUGAUUCUCCUGAUGUACCGGAUUCCGUGGCUAACCAAAAACGUUUGGUACGCGUUUGCAAGUCCGAGAACAACGGUCUUGGCAUCUCCAUUAAAGGGGGAAAAGAAAACAAAAUGCCAAUUUUAAUAAGUAAAAUAUUUAAAGGCAUGGCUGCUGACCAGACUGAACAACUAUAUGUUGGAGACGCAAUUUUAUCUGUCAACGGAGAUGAUCUACGAGAAGCCACACAUGAUGAAGCUGUUAAAGCUCUAAAGCGAGCGGGAAAAGUUGUGGAACUCGAAGACGCAACAUUCGCAGUUGAUUUAGAAACGAACGAGUGA